AUGCCAUUUAAAGCAUUUGAUACCUUCAAAGAAAAAAUUCUGAAACCUGGGAAGGAAGGCGUGAAGAAGGCUGUGGGAGAUUCGCUGGGGAUCUUACGAAGAAAAAUCGACGGGACCAAUGAAGAAGAAGACAACAUUGAGCUGGAUGAAGAAGGAAGGCCCGUGCAGGCAUCCAGGCCACGUCUCCCAGUCUGUGACUGCAGCUGCUGUGGCAUCCCCAAGCGGUACAUCAUCGCCAUCAUGAGCGGGCUGGGAUUCUGCAUUUCCUUCGGGAUUCGGUGCAACCUUGGGGUGGCCAUCGUGGAAAUGGUCAACAAUAGCACUGUGUACGUGGAUGGGAAACCAGAAAUUCAGACGGCGCAGUUUAACUGGGAUCCAGAGACGGUGGGCCUUAUCCAUGGAUCUUUCUUCUGGGGUUACAUUGUGACACAGAUUCCCGGUGGCUUCAUUUCAAACAAGUUUGCUGCUAACCGGGUCUUUGGAGCCGCCAUCUUCCUGACGUCAGCUCUGAACAUUUUCAUCCCUUCUGCAGCCAGGGUGCACUAUGGCUGUGUCAUGUGUGUGAGGAUUCUGCAGGGCCUGGUGGAGGGAGUGACCUACCCAGCCUGCCAUGGAAUGUGGAGCAAGUGGGCGCCUCCCCUGGAGAGAAGCCGAUUGGCCACAACUUCCUUUUGUGGUUCCUACGCUGGGGCAGUGGUGGCUAUGCCCCUUGCUGGGGUAUUGGUGCAGUACAUUGGCUGGGCCUCUGUCUUUUACAUUUACGGUAUGUUCGGGAUUAUUUGGUACAUAUUUUGGCUGCUGCAGGCGUAUGAGUGCCCAGCAGCUCACCCGACGAUAUCCAAUGCGGAAAAGACGUACAUAGAGACAAGCAUAGGAGAAGGAGCCAACUUGGCCAGUCCGAGCAAAUUCAACACACCAUGGAAAAGGUUCUUCACAUCCUUGCCUGUCUACGCGAUCAUUGUGGCCAACUUCUGCAGAAGCUGGACCUUCUAUUUGCUCUUAAUAAGUCAGCCUGCUUACUUUGAAGAGGUCUUUGGAUUUGCAAUCAGUAAGGUGGGUCUCUUGUCAGCUGUCCCACACAUGGUAAUGACCAUUGUGGUGCCUAUCGGAGGACAACUGGCGGAUUAUUUAAGAAGCAGGAAGAUUUUAACCACAACCGCUGUCAGAAAGAUUAUGAAUUGUGGAGGCUUCGGCAUGGAGGCGACCCUGCUUCUGGUGGUUGGCUUUUCCCACACCAAAGGAGUGGCAAUCUCCUUCCUGGUGCUCGCUGUAGGGUUUAGUGGCUUUGCCAUUUCAGGUUUUAAUGUCAACCACCUGGACAUCGCUCCGCGCUACGCCAGCAUUCUCAUGGGGAUUUCUAACGGAGUGGGAACCCUGUCUGGAAUGGUCUGUCCCCUCAUUGUUGGUGCAAUGACCAAGCACAAGACCCGGGAGGAAUGGCAGAAUGUGUUCCUCAUAGCAGCCCUGGUACACUACAGCGGUGUCGUCUUCUACGGGCUCUUUGCUUCUGGGGAGAAACAGGACUGGGCUGACCCGGAGAGUCUCUCCGAGGAGAAAUGUGGAAUCAUUGACCAAGAUGAAUUAGCCGAGGAGACAGAGCUCAACCAUGAGGCUAUUGUAAGUCCCAGAAAGAAGAUGUCCUACGGAGCCACCAUCCAGAAUUUCGAGGCCCAGAAGAGCGGGUGGGGACAACAGAGAGAAGCUGCCUUUGAGGGGGAAGAGGCAUUAUCCUACCAGAAUGAAGAGGGAGACUUCGCAGAAACAUCCUAG